UACAAAGCAAUCUGAACAAAAAAGAUUAUCCUGUCCAAAAAAAAAAAAAAUCAAACAGACAAACAUAUAAUACAAAUGUUUAAAUUUUAAUAUCUCAAAUGUUUUUUUUCUGCGACUAGGUCAGUUUCAGAGAACCAUAGGUAAAAAAGUUUAGAGAAUGAUUGUUUCAUGGGACAAAAGAAGAAGACUUGAAAAGUCAACUAUGGUCUUCUUCUUCUCUCUUUUAUGUCACACCAAUGAUUUCAAUUCUCUAUCUCUCCUUCAAUCUCAUCUUCUUCAUCAACCCUCUUCACAUAGACCACACAUGUUUCUUCAUCCAUUGACCUCAAAUACUUGACUUUUCUUUCUCGCUCUUUCUCUCCAUCGGAGCUAUGGAGAAUCUCUGUUUUGGAGAGACUGUUUCUCUCUUUGUAACUGUUAUGGUUAUUGUUCUUCUUCCUCGUCUCACUCUCUCUCAAACUGCAGCGUAUACUCGACCCGCGAAGUUUUAUGUUAACUGUGGGUCGGAUUCUAAUGCUGAUCAUGGUAAAGUAACCUUCGUUGGAGAUAUGAACUCUAGUAAUAAUUCUGUUACCUUGAGCGGUAAAGGAAGUGAAGUCAUCAACGAUCAAUCAUCUGGUGAGCCCGUAAUCUACCGGACGGUUAGGAUAUUCAGACGCCCUUCUACUUACAAGUUCCAACUCGAUUCUGUUGGUCUACAUGUUGUGCGUCUCCAUUUCUCUGCUGUGUUUUCUAGGGAAGAUCUUUUAAAUGCUCGUUUCAGUGUCUCUGUUACUUCUGGUUCUAAUCAUCACUUGAAAAGUUUCUCACUUCAGAAUUUUACUGAGACCCCACGAGUUGAAGAGUUUCUCCUGAUGAUCAACUCGCCAGAAUUGGAAAUCCAAUUUGUGCCGGAUAGUUCCUCUUUAGCUCUCGUCAACGCCAUUGAAGUUUUCGCUAUUCCUGAUGAUCUUGAAAUUACAAACGAUCUCGACAAGAAUCUGCAUAUACUUUACAGAUUAAACGUAGGCGGCAUGAAAAUCACACCGGCAAAUGAUACCUUGGGAAGGACUUGGUUGCCUGACUAUGACUUUCUCUUCAAAAAAGAUUCUGCGAGGAACAUUUCAUCAAUACAAAAGCCUAAUUAUGUGUCAGGGUCUCGGUCAGCGACUGAAUUUACUGCUCCUGAUUUCGUCUACCAGACAGCUCAGGCACUAGACCAUAGCUCGAGUCGGGGAGCGGAGGGGAUGUUAAUGAACGUUACGUGGUCAUUUAAGGUCAAAAGUGAUCAUAGACACUUCAUCAGGAUUCACUUCUGUGAUAUUGUGAAGGAUUCACAAAACUCUGAUUUCUAUCUCUAUGUAAACGGGUAUCCGCGAGUAGAUAUAAAGCCUUCAGAGUAUGGUGGGCCAGUGACUCCAUUUUAUAAAGAUGUCGUGACUGUCUCUGAUGGUUUUGGACACUUGAAUAUAAGUAUAGGUAAUAAGGAAUCCAACAAGGAUAUUGUUUUUCUGAAUGGUCUGGAGGUAAUGGAGUUUUUGAGUAAAUCUGAUUCUGAUCCUUCAGAUGGAAACCGUUCUCACAUUUACAUCAUCGCUGGUUGUGUUGCUGCCGCUAUAUUGGCUCUGGUCUUUACUUUGUUGUUUAUAGUAUUCUUGAAGCGAAGGAGACCGAAGAAGACAAAACCAGACGUUGAGGCCACUGUGUGGUCUCCAUUACCAUUAAACAGAGGUGGAAGCUCAGACAACAGACCAAUCUCUCCAUACAACAACUCACCAUUACGCAACUUACACUUAGGCUUGACGAUUCCCUUCAAAGACAUUCUAAGAGCUACAAACAACUUCGACGAGCAGUUAAUGAUCGGGAAAGGCGGGUUUGGAGAUGUCUACAAAGCUAUUCUUCCCGACGGAACCAAAGCCGCAAUCAAAAGAGGCAAGACCGGUUCAGGGCAAGGAAUCCUAGAGUUCCAAACAGAGAUUCAAGUCCUCUCAAGAAUCCGCCACAAACAUCUCGUAGCUCUAACGGGAUACUGCGAAGAGAACGGCGAAAUGAUCCUCGUCUACGAGUUUAUGGAGAAAGGUACGCUUAAAGAGCAUCUAUACGACUCUGACUUGCCUCCAUUGACAUGGAAACAAAGACUAGAAAUCUGCAUUGGAGCAGCUAGAGGAUUGCAUUACCUACACAGCAGUGGAACAGAAGGAGCAAUCAUACACAGAGACGUCAAAUCCACAAACAUACUACUAGACGAGAACACAACAGCUAAAGUCGCCGACUUUGGACUCUCCAAACUCACAAUUCGUAAUCAAGAUCAAACCCAUAUGAGCACAAACAUCAAAGGAACAUUUGGUUACCUCGAUCCAGAGUACCUCUCAACACACAACUUAACCGAGAAAUCAGAUGUUUACGCCUUCGGUGUCGUCCUCCUCGAGGUCCUAUGCGCGAGACCAGCUCUGAAUCCUUACCUCCCACACGAAGAAGUGAAUCUCGCGGAGUGGGCGUUGUACUGCAAAUCAAACGGAGUAAUCGAUGAGAUCGUGGAUCCGAAUCUGAUAGGUCAAAUCGAGAUGAACUCUCUGCUGAAAUUCAUGGAAAUAGCGGAGAAAUGUUUGAGAGAGUAUGGAGAUCAGAGACCGAGUAUGGCGGAUGUGAUUUGGGAUCUGGAGUAUGUUCUUCAGCUUCAGACGAUGACGAUUCGUAGAGAGGCUCAUGAUGAAGAAGAUAGUACGGCGAUUGAUUCAGGUGUGAUCCCGAGGUUGAUGGUGAGUGAUUCGUUUAGUAUGAACUCGUUUGUGGUGAAGGAUGAUGAAUCGAGUCACAGAUUUGGGAAUACGGAUUCGUCGGAGACUCGAGUUUUCUCACAGUUGAAGAUCUCUGAAGCGAGAUGAUGUAAUCAUUUUUUAUAUCGUGUGUGAAAAAUUUAAAUUUGUUAGAAAUGUGAUGUCAUUUUUAUAUCGUUUAAUUAACUAUUUUACUUUUAGCAAUUUUCAGUUAAACA